AUGAAAUACCAAUAUUCUAUUCUUUUGUAUUCGUCCCAGGACGAGACCGACGGCCUGUGUGAUGGCCUCCCGGUACGCAAGCAUAUUAACGAAGACUUAGAAGAGAUUGGGACAUUAAAGGCCCAAGAGGACUGGAGAGACUUGGUUGCUCCUAUAUCAAAUUACAAGGGGGGACUCGGCCAUAAACAUAACUUUAUGACAGUUUUGCUACCGGAAUGUCUCCCUGAUCGAUUCGAAAUCGUGUCGUAUGCGAAUGAAUUUGCUUUCCUCCAAGAUGAUGCCACAGAUAUUUUGAGUCAGCAAGAGGGACACAUAAAUAACGGUGAAGUAUUGGAUGCGAUUCGCGAAGGAGAGCGAAACGGAACGAUCGACGCUCUGAAAUCUGGGAAGCGCCAGAUGCAAGCAAAAAUCCUCAACACGAUGAUAGCCAUUGAUCGACCCCGAGCCUUGGCUGCUAUGCGCUCCUGGGCGAAAUUCAUGGAGCAAGGAGCCGGACGCCAACACCACCUUAGGUUUCAAACACUGGAGGAAUAUCUACCAUAUCGUUCUAAGAAUAUUGGUCAUAUGUUUUGGCACGCUCUCGUCACAUUCGGCUGCGCCAUUACCAUCGCAGAAGAAGAGAUGAGCAUAUGUGCGGAGCUUAUGCUGCCUGCCGUGAUCACAGCAAGCUUAACUAAUGACCUCUUCUCCUACGAGAAAGAGUACGAAGCCGCCCAAGCCGCGGGGCUUCCUAACGUCGUCAACGCUCUAUGGAUACUUAUGGACGAGCAUCAUAUCUCACUAGAAGACGCCAAGGCCAAGUGCCGGAUGCGCAUCAAAGAGGAAGCAGCAAAGUAUGCGCGCAUAGUAAGGGAGACAAUGUCCAGGCACGAUCUUUCUAGCGAUGUAAAGAGGUACAUCGAACUCAUGCAGUAUACUGUAAGCGGAAACGUGGUAUGGAGUCGGCAGUGUCCUAGAUACCAUAAGGACAUGCAGUAUAAUGAGCGACAAAUACUGCGAGAGAAAGAUGGUGUUGCGAAGCACCCUACAACGUGCUAG